UGUUAACUCAAAGGUUUAGAGACGCUUCCUGGACCGAAGAACCGGAUCAAAAAGCUUCACUCUCAGAGCUGAUCCGUAAAUUAGUCCAUCAACAGAAAAUCAUUGGUUUCAGCAAAAAAUGAAAAAGUUUCCGACUGAUGAAUGAAGGUGUUCUACUGUUGAAUGAAAGUGUUCUACUGUUGAAUGAAAGUGUUCUACUGUUGAAUGAAAGUGUUCUACUGUUGAAUGAAGGUGUUCUACUGUUGAAUGAAAGUGUUCUACUGUUGAAUGAAAGUGUUCUACUGUUGAAUGAAGGUGUUCUACUGUUGAAUGAAAGUGUUCUACUGUUGAAUGAAAGUGUUCUACUGAUGAAUGAAGGUGUUCUACUGUUGAAUGAAGGUGUUCUACUGAUGAAUGAAGGUGUUCUACUGUUGAAUGAAAGUGUUCUACUGUUGAAUGAAGGUGUUCUACUGUUGAAUGAAAGUGUUCUACUGUUGAAUGAAAGUGUUCUACUGUUGAAUGAAAGUGUUCUACUGUUGAAUGAAGGUGUUCUACUGUUGAAUGAAGGUGUUCUACUGAUGAAUGAAAGUGUUCUACUGAUGAAUGAAGGUGUUCUACUGUUGAAUGAAAGUGUUCUACUGAUGAAUGAAGGUGUUCUACUGAUGAAUGAAGGUGUUCUACUGAUGAAUGAAAGUGUUCUACUGAUGAAUGAAGGUGUUCUACUGAUGAAUGAAGGUGUUCUACUGAUGAAUGAAGGUGUUCUACUGAUGAAUGAAAGUGUUCUACUGAUGAAUGAAGGUGUUCUACUGUUGAAUGAAAGUGUUCUACUGAUGAAUGAAAGUGUUCUACUGUUGAAUGAAGGUGUUCUACUGAUGAAUGAAAGUGUUCUACUGUUGAAUGAAGGUGUUCUACUGAUGAAUGAAAGUGUUCUACUGUUGAAUGAAGGUGUUCUACUGAUGAAUGAAGGUGUUCUACUGAUGAAUGAAGGUGUUCUACUGAUGAAUGAAGGUGUUCUACUGAUGAAUGAAGGUGUUCUACUGUUGAAUGAAAGUGUUCUACUGUUGAAUGAAAGUGUUCUACUGAUGAAUGAAGGUGUUCUACUGAUGAAUGAAGGUGUUCUACUGUUGAAUGAAAGUGUUCUACUGUUGAAUGAAAGUGUUCUACUGUUGAAUGAAGGUGUUCUACUGUUGAAUGAAGGUGUUCUACUGUUGAAUGAAGGUGUUCUUCGGACUGCAGGUUGAUUACGUUCUCCAAACGUUCUACUAAAUGUCCGGUUUAUGUUCUGCUGGAGGUUGGUUGGUGAACUGAGGCUGUUUUCUGUCUGAAAUCUCAGCAGCGUUACUUCCUGUGUCCACAAAGAGCUGCUGUUCCUGAACUCUGGCUUCGAGCCCCAAACAC